AUGGCUCUGUGGAUGCGUCUUCUCCCACUGCUGGCCCUGCUGGCCGUUGGGGUGCCACCCCCUGCCAGGGCCUUUGUCAACCAGCACCUGUGUGGUUCCCACCUGGUGGAGGCGCUGUACCUGGUGUGCGGGGAGCGAGGUUUCUUCUAUACCCCCAAGACACGCAGGGAUGUGGAGGAUCCGCAAGCCGGGGAGGUGGGGCUGGGCGCGGAUGGCCUGCAGCCCUUCGAGGUGGCGGGGUCCAGGCAGCAGCGAGGCAUCGUGGAGCAGUGUUGUACCAGCGUCUGCUCUCUGUACCAGCUGGAGAAUUACUGCAACUAG